AUGUCUACGCCAAAGCUAUCAAGUAAAACACCACCAACUACUACUUCCACACUUUCUAAUAGUAUCUCUUUAAGCACACCCACUACGCCACACGUUACUUUCAACGAUGACAAAACCGAAAAACGACGUCGACGCGAAUCUUUAUUGCAACGAAGGAAAAUUUUAACUCCAAAACGAUCAGCCGGAAGCCAACCUUCCUCUUCUAACUCUAUGCUAUACUCUCAGUCUCUUCCGAUUUCUCCAAUGCCAAAAAUAUCAAUGGAACAAAUGCACGUAAAUUUCGAGGAAUGGUUGAAAAUGGCUACGGAUAAUAAAAUCAAUGCACAUAAUAGUUGGAAACUUGAGUUAAUUGAUUACUUUUAUGAAAUGAGUAUAUUGAAAGAAGGAGAUUCGAUUAACUUUCAAAAAGCUUCAUGCACCUUGGAUGGCUGUGUAAAAAUUUACACAUCACGCGUUGACUCGGUCGCUACAGAAACUGGGAAGUUGUUAAGUGGUUUAACACAGAGCAACACAGUUUCUAAAGAUGAAGAUGACGAAGAUAUUAGGAAUGACGGAUUCAGUGAUAAACCACGAUAUCGAGCUCGGCGUUCUUCUCACAAAAAAUUAUCGAUAUUAGAAUCUACUCUAGUUCAAGAAUUUUCCACGUUAAAGUUGAAGAGAUUUGAAUUGGAAUUUUCCGUUGAUCCUUUAUUCAAGAAAACUUGCGCAGAUUUUGACGAAGGGGGAGCUGGAGGAUUAUUGCUCAACCAUUUAUCUAUAGGUUCUGAUGGACAAAUCAUUCUCGAUUCUGGAGAUUCUGUUGCUGGCUUGGAUAAAUCAAAGAAUGUUGAUGAUAAUGAUAGUGAAGAAAUUAAUAAAGACAAAAAUCGAGAAGACAAAAUGAAUUUGUCGAAGCUUCGUGCUGAAUACCGUGAAAGUCUCUUACAAAUAUUUGAUAAAGAUAUUUGUUCGUCCUUAAAAGACCUCGGAUUUUCAAUAAAAGAAGAAACUGAAACUGAAUUAAAUACACAACGAAGCGACAUUAAUAAUGAACUUGAUUAUAAUAAUGAAUACAUCGAUACAUUAAAAGAUGAUGAUGAUGUCAAACUUGAAAAUAAUUAUAAUACAGCAGUAAUUGGCGAAACAAGUAAUUUCUAUGAAUAUGCAGAGAGCAAUGCAACUUAUUCUCAAUACUAUGACAUUCUCGAAGACGAUAUUGCAGAAUACGAGACUAUUUCGAAAAAUCCAAUUUCCGAGAAAAAUAUUCUAAUUACAAUGGCAGACAAUAAUGAUUAUUUUUCCUAUUUUGACGCGUCAGUUUCUCGUAGUUGGAUGGGACCAGAACAUUGGAAAAUUAGAUGUUCAAAUAAUAAAGAGAACAAACAAAUAUCAAAAAUAAAAUCGAGAGGAAAACAACAAGAAGAAUCGUUUAUUGACUUCAAAGACAAAAAUGAUAUUGAAGAGCAAGUCUUAUUUUCCAAAAAUGCUGGUUCCUCCACCGCUAUCAAUCUUCCUAGACAUAAAGAGAAUAAUAACCAUUUGCUUCUUGAUGAUAUGCAAAUUACUUCUCAACGUCUGUUGCAAUUAUUCAAUAAGCGGAAAUAUAAGUUGACGAGAAGAAUGCAAUAUGAUAGCAGAGAGCCACAGGACUUAUUAUUAUUAUUAAAAGAUAAUAACGUAACAAAACAUUUCUGCGAAGAGGAGGAUGAAAUAGCAAUGGGGAUAAUGGACGAAUACAAUAUAGAAGAAAUUAGAGAAAGGCAUGAUUAUGAUGAAGGAGAAGGCAACGAGAGUUUAUUGACUUUUUCUCCUCCAAAAACAAAAAUCAACAAUAGAUUAGAAACAAAAACCAUCAAGUUUGCUAAGUACGCGAAAAAAGUUGAUGUUCGAAAGUUGAAAGAAAAUCUUUGGAAAGUUAUAAAUGAUCAGAGUUUUUCCAAUCUUGGUGCAAAUGGCAGUAACGGACUGCAACCAAAAAUUGAGGGAGAAAAGAAACUCACUGAUAUAAUGCAUGGUCUAAAACAAUUAUAUUCAACACGAAUAUUUAAAGAUAUUUCGACGUCAUUUUGCUUUGUGUGUCUUUUGUAUUUGGCCAGCGAAAAAAAUCUGGUAAUUAAUAAGGAUUCAGAUUCAGAUUUGCUUAUAGUUAUUGGCUAG